AUGGGUGACCUCCCGGCUCCGAGAGUCAACAGUACCGCUCGCGCCUUUGUCCAUACCGGCGUCGAUUACGCAGGUCCGAUCGCUGUUCGCACGACUCCCGGUCGAGGGCAUAAUUCACAAAAGGCAUAUAUCACUUUAUUUGUAUGUCUCACAACCAAAGCUCUGCACCUAGAGCUCGUCAGCGACUACACCUCUCCGACUUUUAUAGCAGCGUAUCAACGAUUUGUUUCGCGCCGAAGAUUACCGACGUCCAUGUACUCCGAUAACGGGACCACGUUUCACGGCGUCGAUCGCGAACUGUCAAACGAACAUGCAAAAGCCAUUCGAGAUACCAUCUUCCGUAAUCGACUCACAAUCGACGGAACUGCGUGGCACUUCCUGUCUCCUGCGUCGCCGCACUUCGGCGGCCUAUGGGAAGCCGAUACUAAUAGUGUCAAGUAUCAUCUCAUACGAUGCAUCGGCCUCCACACGCUAACUUUUGAGGAAAUGUCUACGCUGCUCUGUCGAAUCGAGGCGUGCCUUAAUUCGCGUCCGAUCGCUCCCGUAUCCAAUAAUCUUGACGAUUAUCAUGCGCUGGCUCCUGGUCAUUUUUUAAUCGGAACCUCGCUUAUUGCUCCCGCCGAACCAAGUGUACUUAACUUAAACGAAAACCGCCUUUCGCGUUGGCAAACAAUUCAACGUAUAACUGAAAGUUUUUGGAGGUCUUGGUCCGGUGAUUACUUGCAUACUCUUCAAUAA